AUGCUCAAUGACGCGUUUGGAGUUGCUGGACCUGACUUGAAUGAAGAUGGAGAUGGAGAUGGAGAUGAAGACAACAUAGAAGAUGGAGAUGGAGACAAUGCAGAAAAUGAAGAGCACAAUGGAGAAAAUGUAGAAUUUUACAAGUUGUUAGAAGAUGGCAAUGAACAAUUGUAUGAAGGGUGCACAAAGUAUUCAAAAUUGUCUUUUUUAAUUAGUCUGUAUCACAUAAAGUGCUUAUAUAGAAUAAGCGACAAAGCCAUGACCAAAAUUCUUAAGUUAUUAAAAGAUGCCUUUGGAAAUGCAAAGAUUUCAAAUACAUUCUAUGAGGCCAAGAAAACCAUAAAUAAACUAGGGCUUAAUUAUACCAAGAUACCUGCUUACCCUAAUGACUGCAUGUUAUAUUGGGGGGAGGAUGAAGAUUUGCAAGAAUGCAAAAGAUGCAAGACAUCUAAAUGGAGCGAUGCUAAAAAGAAGAAACCAGCAAAGAUCUUGCAAUACUUUCCACUAAAACCGAGACUUCAACGAUUAUUCAUGUGUUCUAAGACUGCUCAAUCAAUGCAAUGGCAUGCUUUGGCAGAAAAGAAAGAUUCGAAGAUGAGGCAUCCGCGGGAUUCUGAAGCUUGGAAGACAUUUGAUUUACUUCAUGAUAGGUUUGCCGAAGAUCUCGAAAUGUAUGUCUUGGUCUUGCAGCUGAUGGAUUCAACCCCCUUUGGAGCUAUGCGUACAAACUAUAGCGUUUGGCCAGUGGUGCUUAUUCCAUACAAUCGGCCUCCAUGGGAGUGCAUGAAGCCAACAUCACUUAUCUUGUCAAUGAUUAUUCUUGGAGAGAAAAUGCCGGGGAACAACAUAGACGUAUACUUACAACCUCUUAUUAAAGAGUUAAAAGAGUUGUGGUAUGAUGGUGUUCAAACAUUAAAUAGGUUCAGGAAUGAAAUGUUUACAUUGCGAGCAGCAUUAAUGUGGACAAUUAGUGAUUUUCCAGGCCUUGGUAACUUAUCUGGGUGGAAUGUACACAGUAAAUAUGGUUGUCCUACAUGUAACUUCAGCACUAAUUCAUAUAGAUUAAAGCAUGGUGGAAAAUUGUGUUUUUUGGGGCGUCGCCGUUUCUUAGAAAGGGGUCAUAAGUUUAGGCUAAGUCGUGCAAAAUUUAAUGGAAAAGUUGAGUUGAGGGAUCCCCCAGCAGUACUAACAGGAUCAGAAAUAUUAGAACAACUUGAAGGAAUCAAUGUUUCAUUUGGGAAAGAACUACAGGAAAGUAAAGGUAAGAGGAUUCGACGAAAAGUUGUUGAAGAAGAUGAUGAAUCGGGGAUGUGGAGGAAGAAAAGCAUAUUUUUUGAUCUUCCUUAUUGGGAGUCUAACUUAUUGCGCCAUAAUCUAGAUGUUAUGCACAUUGAAAAGAAUGUUUGCGACAAUGUAUUAUACACUUUGCUCAAUGAGGCUGGAAGGUCAAAGGAUAAUCUCAAAGCUCGUAAGGAUCUUAAAGAAAUGGGUAUAAGGAAAGAUUUAUGGCCAGAUGAAAAUGGGAGAUAUCAUCCAUCUUUGUUCACAAUGUCAAAUUCCAUGAAAGAUAUAUUCUUGUGUACUAUAAAGAAUAUUAGAGUAUCAGAUGGUCUCUCAAGUAAUAUUUCACGGUGUGUUGACCUGAAGCAAAGAAAGCUUUCUGGAUUGAAGAGCCAUGAUUGCCACGUUCUUAUGCAGCAACUAUUACCCAUUGCCAUACGUAAUGUGCUGCCAGAUAAAGUUACUGCAGUGCUAAUAAAGUUGUCUUCAUUCUUUCAACAGUUGUGCUCUAAAAGCUUAAGUCUUACAGAACUUGAGAGGCUCUAA